AGCACAACACAAACAAACGAUUUCCUUACAAGCUGGAUCUUGCUUCGUUUCUUCCUCGUUUGCUUCGUCCCCGCGGCGACAACCACCACCACCACCACCACCGACGCCAAAGUCCACUCCCGCGUGAGCGCGUCGCCCUAAUCCCCGCUCAACCCACGCUUCCUCCGCCGCCGCCACCGCCUCUCUGUCUCAGGCCGUCACGAUGAAGGACAAGAUGAAGGAUUUCAUGAAGAAGGUCACCUCCUCCUCGGCCCCAUCCUCCUUCAAGGGCCCCUCCCACGUCCUCGGCUCCGGCCCCUCCCGCUCCGCCUCCCACCCCGCCUCCCGCCCUGCAAACCCCAAUCCUAAUCCUGCCCCCAGGCAGCCCCCGCCGCGGCCCGCACCGGCGUCCGCCGAUUUCACCCCUUUCACGCCCCUCAUCUCCUCCACCACCUCCGCCUCGCGCCGCCCUGACGCUGCGGCCAACGGCUUCGCCGCCACAGUGGUGUGCCCGAGCUGCAGUGACCCCUUCCCGUCUGAGCUCGCCGUCUCCGAGCACCUCGACGGCUGCAUCGCGUCGGCGGGGGGCGCCCGCGCGCGCGCCGCCGCGUACCUCACCGCCGACCCGCCGCCACCCGCCUCCGCCGUGGAGGUGGUGAAGAGGCUGCUCGGGAACCUGCUCAGGGAGCCCGGGAACGAGAAGUUCAGGAAGGUUAGGCUGACCAACCCGCGGAUCAAGGAGGCCGUGGCGGAUAGGGAGGGCGGAGUGGAGCUGCUUGAGGCCGUCGGGUUCAGGGUCGGGGAUGAAGGCGGGGAGCUGUUCGCCGUGAUGGACGAGGUGCCCGGUGACGCGAGGCUCGGUGGGAUCAGGCGGGCCGUGCUCCUGCUCGAGAGGGCACACCCCUCGGCGCCGGCGCAGGUGAAGGCUGGGGCCAAGGAGAGCAGCAGCAAUGCAGUUGAUGAGCAGGAGGUUAACAAGACCAUUGAUCGGCAGAUUCGGGUAUUCUUCUCUGUUCCUGGAAGUUCUGUUGGAGAAAAUGACUUACCAGAUUCCUUUUACAAUCUUAGCGGUGAGGAGAUAAGGAAUGAAGCAAAGAUGAGGAGGGAAAGGUUAGAACAAUCUCGACUGCUAAUUCCAAAGUCUUACAAGGAGAAGCAGGUGCUGGCUGCUCGACAGAAGUAUAAGCAAGCAGUCAUCCGAGUUCAGUUUCCAGAUAGAGUAAUUCUCCAGGGUGUAUUCCUUCCAGGAGAGGCCACUACUUCCCUAUAUGAGUUUGUCGCAUCUGCUCUGAAGCAGCCUGGUUUGGAAUUUGAACUUAUCUGUCCAGCCGUUCCUAAGCCGCGUGUAGUACCUCAUUUUCCAAAAUAUGGAGAGCAGGCACGCACGCUUCAAGACGAAGACCUCGUCCCUUCUGCGCUCCUCAAAUUCAAGCCCAAGGAGACCGAUUCAGUCGUAUUCACUGGUCUGCUUGACGAGCUUCUUGUGGCCAGUGAGCCACUCACAGCUGCAUCCUCAUGAACUGUAAUUGCUCUUAAACUGGCCCGCUGACUUCCAUUGUGUACAACAGAUAUUCGCCGGUUUUUCCACCGAGUCUCUUACAUCAGACUUAAAAUAGAAUCGUAGCUAACAGGGUUAUGUAGUCUGGAACGCGGGAUACCUGAUACAUAGGUACAUGCCAUAUUUGUUAACAUUCCUUGUGGUAAGACAGUUCAAGAAUUCGUAAGGCCCAUGUUUCGACUGGGCCUUAAAUAGGCUGGGCUCUUAAAUGUACAACUAUAACAACUACAAUACAUGGAAAGAUCGCUUGAUUUGUC